GUUAAAAAUUCAAAGCUUCAUUAACAAAAGACCUAGGCAGUCGGCACUCGGUAGUCCCUUCCCACUCUGCCAAAAAAAUGAAUCGAGCAGUUGAGAACGCAGACAGGCAGCGAACGUGAGAACUGAGAAGCAGCAUCGCCCGCUCCCUCUCCAGCUUUACUCCCCAACAGAAAUCUACCUUCCUUCUCCAGUUCUCCCCAUUUGUUCUCAUAUUCUGCAAUUUUCAAGAGUAUGAGUUUGGAUAAAUUUGUAAUUAAGACUAAGAGGUCUUUGAUUGGAGGUGUUAGUUCUUCAAUUGUUCCUAAUCAGUCUAUCUCUAGUGUUGAAAAUGCCACUGCGUCAAAUGAAAAUAUUGCUAGAGAUGAGAGGAAUGAGAGGGACAAGAGAGCCCGAACAGAAAGUACACAUGAAUGGGAUAUUAUUAGUGAUCCAUUUUUACGAAAACCAAUUAAUGAAUAUGCGCCGGGGAUUAGGGAUGAUGUGAUGAGAGCAUAUGUUGUUAAAGGUGCUUGUCAACCAGCAUCUCAUAAGUUUCCACGAACUGAAUUUGGUAAAACAUUAAGGAGCUUUCGAGGAGAGUGGUUUAAAACUUGGGAAUGGUUGGAAUAUAGUAUUUCUAAAGAUGCCGCUUUCUGUUUUUGGUGUUACCUUUUUCAUGGGCAUGAAGGAAAGAGAUUUGGUGAUGAUGUGUUUGUGAGGACCGGAUUCCGUAAUUGGAAGAAAGCUCCUGAAAAAUUUAGAGAUCAUGUUGGUAUUGUAGAGAGUGUGCACAAUGAUGCUAGAACACAAUUUUUUGCUUUCAAAAAUCAAAAACAAAGUAUUUCAAGAAGUCUCUCUUCAGGAACACAACUGUUGGGUGCGGCAUACCGUACUCGUUUGAAUGCAAGUGUGGAUUGUGCUAGAUUUUUAAUUGCACAAGGAUUGGCUUUUCGUGGUCAUAAUGAGCGAGAGAGCUCAUUAAAUAGAGGAAAUUUCUUGGAAUUGCUAGAAUGGUAUAGUGCACGCAAUGCCGAUGUGGCAAAAGUGGUGAAAGACAAUGCACCUUUGAAUCACCAACUUACUAGUCCUAUGAUUCAAAAAGAUAUUAUUAAUGCCUGCGCAUCACAAACAACAAAAGCCAUAAUAAAUGAUCUUGGUGACAAGUUUUUUUCUUUAUUGAUUGAUGAAGCUCGUGAUAGUUCUGUGAAAGAACAAAUGGCAGUUGUUGUGAGAUAUGUAAACGAUCAUGGAGUUGUAUUCAUCUGAUUUUUCAGCUGUUGAGCAAAUGGAGCUUAAAGAACAACUCCAAGUUUGGAUAUAUGAGAUGAGAGGAAAUGAAGCAUUUUCCACUUUACAAAGCAUUGGUGAAGUGUCUAAGAAGAUGGUUGAGCUUACAAUUCACAAAUCUUUUCACUUGGUCUAUCGUCUUAUUGAGUUGGCUCUAGUGUUACCAGUUGCAACAGCCACAGUUGAAAGAGCUUUCUCAGCGAUGAAUAUUAUCAAGACAGAUCUUCGCAAUAAGAUGGGAGAUGACUAUCUUACGGAUUGCUUAGUAUGCUACAUCGAAAGAGACAUUUUUCAAGCAAUUGAUAAUGAAGCUAUUAUGCAGCAUUUUCAAAAUAUGAAAACUCGUAGGAUUGAUUUGCCUAGAUUGCAGAAGUAAAUCAAGUAGUAUGUAAUGAACUAUAAUUUUUUGUUAAAUUAUUACGCUAUUGUUGUUCUUAUUGUAUUUUGGACACGCACUUUAAAAUUUUUAGUCUUUGGUUUGCCCCUCCUUGGACAAACCUCUGGCUCCGCCACUGUGUCUAGCCAUGGCUUGGAUUUGUAGAACUGUACUGUACUGUGUAUUCUUGGGUCGAAGAAGCCAUGAAACUCAGGAUGGAUAACGCUAUAGACGACCAAAUUAAAGACUUCAAAAAAGUGAAUUGAAGCUCUGCCAUGAUAUCAUAUAUAUGAUCGUCCAUGGUGCUAUCCCUCCUGAGCUUUACAGAUUCUCCACACAUUUUGAUUUUGCAACACAAUUAUAUUUGUAUUGUUACUAGCUCAAAAGAGAUGAAGAAAGAUUUGGGUUCUGGAAAUUGGAACGAAAGGAAUGAAAUUGCAGAAGCUAGGAAUGAAGAUGUUGAGUAUAGUAGUGGUAGGCUGCUGCUAGCUCAAGAACCAGAGUCGCCUACUUAUAGUGGCAGUUUACGUGGGUAGGAGACCAGGGAGAGACAGAAGAAUGUGUAAAUUAAUUGCUCAUGCCUUAAUUUGCGGCAAUUUCUAUAUUUAUUUACUCCAUACAAUUUACUAGAUGAAAAUAUGUCACUCAUAGAAUUCCAUUUCCGGCUUUUCCGGUUUAUUGAAAGACGUUUGUCCUUCCACUAUGGUCAAUUAUUAAUAUACGGAGUAUUUAGGAUGGAGCUGUGUGUACACAAAAUGUGUUCACUUUUUUGUACACUUGUUUGUCCCCGCAGACAAGUUGUCUGUCCACAAAAGUGUUUACAUUUUGUGUACACCACACAUUUUUCAUUAAGGAUGUCACGAGUAUGAUCUAGUCUGUUUAGAUUUGAUAUGAACUGAAAUGAUAUAAGAUUGAGAUUAAUCCAAUCAAAAGCAUGUUAG